UUUUUUUUUUUUCUGUCUUUCCGUCCCCUCCCGCCUCCCCAUCUCGGCUGUCCCUGUCCUGGCUCAGAUCCAUGUCCACCCAGAAUCUGCUAACCGGCGCGUGCACGAGCUCCGCUCCGACCCCGCCCGAGGCGGAUGGAGGGGACAGGACGCCUCUAGCGGACGCGGCGGACGCGGCGGAAGAGCUGUACCGCCUCCGUGACACCUUCUUCCCCCGCGACCCUGGCGAGAAGGCCGCCGCACUCCGCGCCCGCACCGACGCCGCCCUCGCCCUCCUCGACGCCCUCCCGUCCGAACAAAAGAAGUCUCCACAACUGCGUGGUGUUUAUGAAUUUUUGAGGGGAAAAAUACUGGAUGUCUUUCCUGACUAUCAUAAGGAGGCUGAAGAUCAUUUAUCCAAAGCAGUAAAGCUGAAUCCAUCUCUUGUAGAUGCAUGGUUAUGUUUGGGUAAUUGCAUUUGGAAGAAGGGGGAUCUAUCUGCAGCAAAGAAUUGCUUUUCAUUAGCACUAGGAAAGGGUCCAGAUAAGAAAAUACUGUGCCAGAUCUCCAUGCUUGAAAGAAGUAUGGCUCAAGGUAGUGCAGACCAGGCGCUUUUAGUAGAAGAGAGCAUUAAGCACGCAAAAGAAGCUAUUAUGCUGGACAUUAGAGAUGGCAAUUCUUGGUAUAAUCUGGGCAAUGCUUAUCUCACUAGUUUCUUUGUGGGAGGAGCCUGGGAUCACACUAAGCUUCAUCAUUCAGUGAAAGCAUAUCAAAAUGCUGAGAAGGAUCAAACUAUGAAUUUAAAUCCAGACCUCUACUAUAAUUGUGCCACAGCUGACAAAUAUUUAGAGAAUUAUGAAAGGGCCCUUCGUGGAUUUGAAGUUGCAGCUUUAAAAGAUCCUGGGCUUGGUGCUGAUAUAGAAGUUCAGAAGAUAAUCAGUCUCCUUGAUAAGCUUGAGAAUGCGAUGAAGGGACAAUUACGAACCAAAAAAUUAGCAUCAUUUGUGUCAUCCUUGAGUGGUGUCAAACUGAAAUCAUCACACAAGAAAGCCACCAUAGCUACUCUAUCAGAGGGUUUGAACAAAGCUGUUGCUGUUUUGGGAAAAGUUGUUCUUUUCAUAAGACAUGAGAAUGUUGCUCCGCUGUAUUAUUUAAUAUGUGACUUCAAACGGUCUUAUUUUAUACUGUCAGUCUAUGGGCUACAUAAUGAUGCAAUUAAAGAGGGUGAUCGAGUGGUAUUAUUUGAACCAUACUACAGAAUCCUUGAUGCAUCAUGUAAAGACAAGCACUAUCAGUUCAAAUCAAUACGGGUGGACUUUCCAGAACAAAUUCUAAUUAACGAGAGAGCUCCCGCACCUCAUCAUGUUGCACGGGCAUCAAUCCAUGCACACAACAGAUCGUGAGCGGUGAAAAUUGGAUUUUGAUACCUAUCAUAUUGGACAUGUUGUGGACACGUGGCCACUAGCUUGCAUUGCUCUAUGCCCCAAAAGGUUAACACUGGCAUGAAAUGUGCUGAGCACACCGUUUUAUGCAAUCUGCUAGUGCUUUAGUUUGAAGUUGGUAGCCAGUAUUUUGUGUUUGCUGUUUAUUAGACUAUUAGAGGAAAACCAUUCAGCAAGUUUUUAUCAGGGAACUGUGCGACGUCAAUAUGGUGGGCAGCUGGGCAUAUCAUGUGUACUAUUCUGUAAAUGUAGAGUGCAAUGUUAAAAUGUCUAAGGAAUAGUUGGGAACACGGUAACCAGGCCUAGUGGCUUGUUUCUUUCUCAAUCUGUCCAAUUUUCGUCAGGCCUUGUUCGGAUAUAUGUGUAUCAACUUGAAUCCAUAUAUGUUGGAGUGCAUUGAACUGGAACUUAGUUUAAUUUUACUGCAAUCCACUUCACAUGUC